UUUGUCAAUGUUUCGUAAACUAAGACAAUGUAAAAUAUGAAGCUAUUUCAAGAUUAGUUAUUUUGGAUUUUAUCUGUUUUUAAAAUUAAUGAAAAUAUGUCAAAAGAAAACGCAACUCUUAUGGCUACAAUCGAUGUAAGAACUUAGAAAGAUAGUUAAUCAACCAUAACUUUAGAAUUCGUUACGUUGCCAAAAAAUUAAACCGGUAACUUAGUGCUAUAACUGAUUAAUUAUUGUCGUAUGUAAUAUUAUGAUAAUAUUUAUUUCAGUACAAACUUUGCGGUAAUGGAUUGUUAAUAAAAAUAACUAGAUAAGUCAUGGGUCCAAAGUCUCUCUACCCAUGUUACUAGUAUAUUCUCAUAGAUAACCUAGUUACUGUAACCUCAGGAUACUGUCAAAAGUUCGUGGUUUUGUCAAAACAGAUACAAAAAGAAUGUUAAAUAAUUGCGUAAAUUACACGAAAGUCUGUGUAUUAGACAAAGAUGGAAACAAUGUGACUCCCAGGUCUCUAAAGUGCAGUGUGGAUUAUGUCAAUGGGAUAAGUAAUCACUUUAAUAAUGGGAAAAGAAAACAAAAAAAUGAAACAGUGAGUGAUGACAAAAACCAGAAUUUUUUUGUAGGAAACAGUAGUAUAUUCAACAAAACAAAAACUCUAUUAUAUCAGACUGGCCUUAAAAGUUCAGUCUUUUUUGGUGAAUCAGGUUGGUGUCACUUAGAUGAUAAUGAAGAUAACAUAGAAAAUACUACAGAAAAUGAUGAAUCAGACAAAACUUUUAAAAAUUAUACCAAGGUAGAAAAAACUGCCAAAAAAGGACAGUAUUAUAAAGGAGCAAGAGAGUCAAAACAUAACUCUUCUGUGAAAUCAGUCUCAGAAGUAAUGUUAAGGGAAACUAAAACUAUAUGGUUGUUUGAAUUACCAAGUUCUUCUGUUGCAAUAAAUGAUGAUAAAAGUAAAAAUACUUUAAAAAAACUAAAUGACUAUAAAAAUUUCUUAAAAUGUCAUCCAUGUGGAGAAGGUCUUGUUCAGCAUGCAGUUCAAACUUAUUACAUUCAUAAAAAGCAUAAGCAAACACAAACAGAUAAAGUAAUGCAAAUGGAAAAGGAUUUAUUAUCUUCAUCAUGGUUAAUUUAUGAUGCAUUCAACCAAACUGAAACAAAUUUCAAAGAAGAAAAUACGAAAGGUAAACACAUAUCCAAGUGCAGUAAUGAAAUUUCAAUAAAUAUUCUUCCUAAUAUUCUACAAAAUAUGAUAAUUAUGGAAAGGACUUUGAGCAUGAAGACCCAUGGUCAUGUUGUUGCAGAGAUUAAAGGACAUAAGCAAGGCAGCAGUAAUCAUUUUUUGGGUGAAGUAAAAACUGAUGGCAAUUUUUCUGAAGGAUCCUAUUUACAAAGGCUAUUUUCAUUCUCUUCUUCAGUCUUGCAAGAUUAUAGUGUCACCUGCUUUAAGUGGAAUCCAUGUUGUCCUGAUAUUUUUGUUGUUGGUCUUUCAAAACAGACAAAUUCUGAAAGCAAAAAUGGGCUUGUUUGCUGUUGGUCAUUUAAGAACUGCAAAUUUCCAGAACGUUUUUAUAAGACAUUAUUGGGUGUAACAUGUCUGGAAUUUUCAACCAAACAUCCAUACUUACUUGCUGUUGGAAUGCAUGAAGGAAUUAUUGCAAUAUUUGAUGUAAGGAAACUUGGUAAGUAUCAAGUGGUAGAUAACACUGAAACAAAGCUUAGGCCCUCAGGAGCAAUAUGGCAGUUGCAAUGGAUAUGUAAGAGCAUAGGUGGAAAUGAGAAAGAGAUCUUGAUAUCAACAUCAGAUGAUGGAUUUAUACUUCAGUGGAUGGUAGGAACUGGAAUGGAGUGCAUUCCUCUUAUGCAUUUAAAGAGAUCUGCUUCAAAGUCUUCAACUGGAAAGAAAGAAAAGAGAGCUGAAGCUCUGAUUUCUCACUAUUCUAGUGGUUUUACCAUAGACUUCAAACAGCAUGAUUCAAACAUAUAUAUUGUUGGAACUGAUGAAGGAAACAUUCAUAUGUGCUCUACUUCAUACAGUGAACAAUUCUUGCAAACUUAUUCUUUUCAUCAAGGAGCUGUGUUUCAAACCUGCUGGUCUCCAUUUGUGCCUGAAAUUUUUUUAAGUGCAAGUAAUGACUGGUCUGUCUGCAUAUGGGAAGAGAAAUCUCAACAACCUGGAGUUAUUUUGAAACUUCAAUCUAAACAGGCUGUCUUGGAUGCUAAGUGGUCUCCCACAAUUUCUACUGUAUUUGUUGCUUUGUCAGCUAAUGCUCUAGAACUGUGGGAUGUUUCACAAAAUUUAGUUGAUCCUGUUUGCAGUUGGAAAUCUGUUACUACUGAAAAAUUUACAUCUGUUUGUUUCUGUAAACAAGAAAAUACAUUAGCAUUAGGUGAUAGUACUGGUAUUGUGACUUUACUUUCAGUGAAAGGAAUGCGUAACCCACCUACUGACCAGAAAAAAGCUUUACUCAAUAUUUUAUAUUCUGAUGUCUCAAGUCAAUUACUUAACAAAUAAGACCAAAGUAAAAUUAAGACUUGAAUCUUGUCAUGAACUAACACAAAAAUAUACAUGCACAAACUUUAUUUAUAGUCCUUAUAGACAAAUACAUGUAUAUACCUAUACAGGAUAUUGUUGUUACAUGUUUUGGGCAUAAAAUAACUACUAUAAUUUUAAAGAAUAUCACAGUCUUUUAUAUUUUUUUAACAUAUUUU